CCAUUCACUUAUUUUAUCUCUCUAUAAAUACUCUUACGUAGAAAGAGAAACAAAGAAAAGGCGAAGACUCUUUUAGAGAGAGAAACCAGAGAAUCGAACAAAGCAGCAAAACAGAGAUAUUUUUUUCUGCAUUUUGCUUCCGAUCACACGUCCCUCGCCCAAAAAUUAGGGUUUCUUUCACCUCUCCCUCCGUUCCUCUGCAGUAACUGCGAGGCCGACAAUUUCUGAAUUUUGAUUGUAUAAUUUUGCGGAGAAGAAUUGUCAGCUUUGAACUGUGAGGGAUUGGAGGGAUUUUUCAGGGGACGAGAUAGGAAUAUGCCGAUAUCAUAUUGUUCUGAUUCUAAUGGGAAAGCUUCUGCUGGUGGAGGUGUAGCUCGAACAAGUUAUGUUCCGCCACAUCUUAGGAAUAGGCCUCCCUCAGCUGAAGCAGCCUCAGCUCCAAUUUCACAUUCCGGUGGCAACCUCCAAUUUCAAUCGGCUGGUCCAAGGAAUGAUCGAAAUGGAGGUGGUAGUAGCCGUGUUGGUGGUGGUGGUGGUGGUGGUGGUGGUGGUGCUUGGAACAAUAGAGGGAAUGGUUGGGAUCGCGGGAGGGAAAGAGAAGCUAAUCCUUUUCGAGCUGACUUAGACACAGAGCAGGAAUUUGGGUCUCAGGAGAAUACAGGGAUCAAUUUUGAUGCUUAUGAGGAUAUUCCGGUUGAGACGAGUGGGAGAGAUGUUCCUCCUCCCGUGAAUACAUUUGCUGAAAUUGAUUUAGGUGAAGCUCUCAAUCUCAACAUUAAGAGGUGCAAGUACUCAAAACCAACACCUGUUCAGCGGUAUGCUAUACCAAUAUCACUUUGUGGUCGGGAUCUAAUGGCGUGUGCCCAGACUGGUUCUGGGAAGACGGCUGCAUUUUGCUUCCCAAUCAUAAGUGGAAUCAUGAGGUCUAGCAGAUCAGCUCCUAGCGCGCCUAGUUUUUCACGUGUGGCAUGUCCCCUUGCUCUCAUCCUUUCUCCAACCAGGGAGCUUUCUGUCCAAAUUCAUGAAGAAGCUAGGAAGUUUGCCUACCAAACUGGUGUCAGGGUGGUGGUUGCUUAUGGUGGUGCUCCCAUAAACAUGCAGCUCCGUGAUCUUGAAAGAGGUGUUGACAUACUUGUUGCGACUCCUGGACGGUUGGUGGAUUUGUUGGAAAGGGCAAGAGUCUCUUUGCAAAUGAUAAAGUAUUUAGCACUAGACGAGGCAGAUAGAAUGUUGGACAUGGGUUUUGAACCUCAAAUAAGGAGAAUCGUGCAACAAAUGGACAUGCCACCUGCUGGUGUAAGACAAACAAUGCUGUUUAGUGCCACUUUUCCAAAAGAGAUUCAGAGGCUGGCUGCAGAUUUUCUAUCAACUUAUGUGUUUCUGGCUGUUGGAAGAGUUGGUUCUAGUACUGAUUUGAUUGUCCAAAGAGUUGAAUAUGUGCUCGAGACUGACAAAAGAAGCCACCUGAUGGACCUUCUACAUGCGCAGAUAGCUAAUGGCGACCAAGGAAAGCAAGCUCUCACACUGGUUUUUGUAGAAACAAAGAAGGGAGCUGAUGCACUUGAACAUUGGCUUUGCAUCAAUGGCUUCCCUGCCGCUUCUAUUCAUGGUGACAGAACUCAACAGGAGCGAGAGUACGCCUUAAGGUCUUUCAAAAGUGGCAAAACACCAAUUCUGGUUGCAACAGAUGUGGCAGCACGGGGUCUUGACAUCCCUCAUGUUGCACAUGUUGUCAACUUUGAUCUUCCUAAUGAUAUUGAUGACUAUGUCCAUCGCAUAGGUAGAACUGGGCGUGCAGGCAAGACAGGGUUGGCUACUGCCUUCUUCAACGACAACAAUUCCUCGUUGGCGAGGCCAUUGUCUGAUUUGAUGCAAGAAGCAAACCAAGACGUCCCGGCUUGGCUCUCCCGCUUUGCAGCCCGGUCUUCCUAUGGCAAGAACCGUCGUGGGGGAGGGCCAGGAGGAAGAUUUGGUGGGCGGGAUUUCCGGAGAGACACCUCCUACAACCGCGGUGGAAUGGACUACUAUGGCGCGGGGCACGUGAGCAACGGAUAUAGUGCGUCUAGUGUCUAUGCUGGAGGCCAUGGCCCUGCUACUGUGGCUAGCGCAUGGGACUAACGGCUUACACGGUUCGAGUUCUUCGUUGCUUCUCGUGUUAGACGCUAUCCGAGAUGUGGUAAUGUUGGCAAGCUAUGGCAAAAUAUAACUGGUACAUUCAUUCUCUCGUCUUGUUCUACUUGCUAACUCGUUGCUUAGUUUUUAGUUUGGAUUAUUCUAGUUAGCUAGCGCCAGCGUUCUAGGUUGUGCAUAUUAGGCCUAUUCUUUUAUAAUAAUAUUUGAAACACUGUUGAAAUUUAUGAUACUCCUGUAUAUAUUGUACGAGCAGUUCUGAAUC